AUGGUGGACUCAACCCCAACUACAUGUUUCAAUAUCCUGCAGCUGGCUGCAGCAGCAACAGAAACAGCACCAGAUUCCACUUCAUCUUCUUCUGCCCCUGCUGCGAUAUCAUCGCCGGCGGCGCAGGUGGGACUGGUAACGUUUCCAGACGAGCUCAUCCUCUAUAUUUUAAAAUUCCUGGAUGUUCCCGAGCUCUACGUGUUAGCGAGAACUUCCCGCCACCUCAGGGCACUUUCCACGGACCCUCUCCUGCACCUCACACGUCUCAAGACAGCAAAGCAAACGCUCAACAUCUCGCUUUCUCACAGACCCUCUUUGGACGACGUCCAGAGGAGUGGCCGAAUAUACUUGACUCGUCGACAGGUGGCUCAAAGAUCUCUCGCUCGUUCAUUGACUCUUAUCCGCUUGAAGCGUAAGUUGUCUAAUAGGCCAUCAAUACCGUCUCUAAUUGAGCGCGGUGUUCUUCCCGCGCCGUAUUAUCACAAAUCGGCAGAUGAUACGGCAAUAUGGCAACCUGUUAGAAUUUCGCCGGUGUUUCUGGGUACCGCAAAAGAGUUGGAGAAGCAGAGGGUAAAGGAUAUGCUGAGAGGUUGGGUUGGUAAUAAAAGACCCUCUUUGGCGGAUGCUGAGCGAGUAGGUUGGAUCGAAAAGGCAUAUCUAGAAGAAGAAAGGCCAAAGGUGAGAGAAAUGGCCACGAGGUUCACAAAACGAUGUAUCGGUGGAAGCCAAAGGCAGAAUUCACGCUGGGGUAAAGGUAGAGUUCUAAGAAAUGACCCGCCCAGGGCGCAUGUCUUGGGAUUGAGAACCUAUUACGAGAGAUUGGCAAGUGCAGUCUGA